AUGAAGAAGGAUAAAAGAGCUGGUGAUUGUCAUGGACUACGACAAGUAGCUGCAGCACCUCCACGUCGACGUGCUGUAUCAAACUACCAAACACUUGAGGAUGCUGUUGCUGAACGUGGUGUGAGUAUCAGUCGUCCACGAAUGGACAAGUUGAAUUCCCAGUCACAGCAGCAGCAGCAAUAUAAUCUACCACAGACUCAACAACCUAUUGCGUCCUUAACCAUGUCAGGACCAAUACGACCACCACGACCAGGUGCUGGUUCUUUUGAGCUUCUUCAAGCGAAGUUUGGUUUUCAAGAUGCUGUAAAUGCAGCUCCAUACAAGACAUUCGGUUCGAGCGACUUGCUAACAAUGGCACCUACUUUGAUCGCAGUGUACAUGGCGCCGAUCGUCAUUGUGUCAAUUGUGCAGAUGUGCUUUCGUGGAGUUGUGUGGAGGUCGGCUAUGUUGAGCUCGCUGGAUGGAACCCGUGAACAGUACAUUGGCCGCACGAUGGGGCAGAGUUGGGGGGAUUUUUUGGGCUACGCGGUGUUUUGGACAAUCAUCUUUCGUGAGAGUGGUAUUAUCGAGUCAAAUCACAACAUUGCGUUCCUCGCUGCAAUGUGGACACCCGUGAUUCUCGUCUACAUCUACGACUCUCAGAUCUGGCUUGCUAUCGCGCAGGCUAUAGUUGGCGCCUGGAUUGGUUUUCGCCUCAAAAUUGGCCACUCAGCUCGUAUUAAGGAGUUUGUGACGCGUCUUCAGCAGGCACCUGCUCUCUUUGACGAGAAAGUGGUUUCUGCUGCCGCCCGUGGUCAGCUUGCAAUCAACAACAACCCGUUAUCAUCAGCCAGUGUUGCUCCUGAUGCAAACAGCCGCUUGCGCUUUGCCGUGGUGUGGAACGAAAUUGUGAGUAGUUUUCGCUUAUCUGAUUUGCUGGACGACCGAGAGACCGCUAUUCUUCAAUACCAAAUUUCGGAUACCGGUGCCGUCGAAGAACCUGUAUUUUUGAUUGCUGGCGAGGCACAAGCGGCUGCGAAUAUCGCUGCUAAGGCUAAAACUAAGCGCAUGAGCGAUGGCCAACUAUUGAAACAAUUGAAGAGAGCUGGAGUGCUGGGCUGUGCCAAGAAUUGUGUCGACAUCUUGUUCCAGAUCUUGCAACAGCUUUUAGGCACUCAAGAUAAUGAAUUGAUUGGUGUGCUCCACCAGAUGCUGGCUGGGGGCAAAGUAAGCGGUGUUGUGAACCUUACUCACAUCGGAUUGGUGCGUGAGAAUGUUGUCGACUUGCUUGGAAGCAUCUUAGAUCUACCAGAGCCGACCCUGGUGCCUACGGGUGGCAUUGAUGGCUUCCCGCACGAACAAGUCAUGGUUGUUGUGCAGCGUGUGGACGCUCUGCUAAAGAGCAUUGAAAUUAUGGUUGAAGAGGAGUGGAUGGCGGAAAAGCUGCGUAAACCGCAUCAGCCAACGCGACUCAAGCUCGCCUACACGCGCGACCUCGCCGAGCUCCAAUGA